GGAUUCCCAAUCUGCAGCAGAGACUUAUCCGAGCGUGUUGCGGCGGCAGCUGUGGUGGCAAGGCGCGAUCCAAGAGGGAUUUAAGCAAACUAGAGCUCUACAGAAGAAAAGAGUGUGAGAGAGCCACACAGAGACGGCUUAACCGUUUAUCCGAAUUAAAUAUAUAUAUUUAAAAAAAGAAAAAAGAACUGUUGAUUUUUAUCAUUUGCGUUGUGACCGUGCGAAGCGCUGUAACUGCAAAAUGGGGAAGCAGAAUAGCAAACUGGCCCCCGAAGUGAUGGAGGACCUGGUGAAGAGCACAGAGUUUAAUGAGCAUGAGCUCAAGCAGUGGUACAAAGGAUUCCUCAAGGACUGUCCAAGUGGGAGGCUGAAUCUCGAGGAAUUUCAACAGCUCUACGUGAAGUUCUUCCCAUAUGGCGAUGCCUCCAAGUUUGCCCAGCAUGCCUUCCGAACCUUUGACAAGAAUGGGGAUGGCACCAUCGACUUCAGAGAGUUCAUCUGCGCCCUGUCCAUCACCUCCAGGGGCAGCUUUGAGCAGAAACUGAAUUGGGCCUUCAACAUGUACGACCUGGACGGUGACGGCAAGAUCACACGAGUGGAGAUGCUGGAGAUCAUUGAGGCUAUCUACAAAAUGGUGGGCACUGUGAUCAUGAUGAAAAUGAAUGAGGAUGGCCUCACGCCUGAGCAGCGGGUAGACAAGAUUUUCAGCAAGAUGGAUAAGAACAAAGAUGACCAAAUUACACUGGAUGAAUUCAAAGAAGCUGCAAAGAGCGACCCUUCCAUUGUAUUACUUCUGCAGUGUGACAUUCAGAAAUGAGCUGAUGCCAACGCUAUGGACUGCACAAGUCUCAAUGUUCCAUUCAGUCUGCAGCUAUUCACACACAUACACACACAUACACACACACACACAAUAUUGCUUGGACUACCUAUAAAUGGACUUGCUUCUUGUGUUUGAAACACUUGUGUGCAUGAGAAUGUCAUUUGCUAAUGAAUUUUAAAAGCAUAUGUUAUAAAACAAACAAAAAACCUGCCACAAUGUGAUACGUGUAACAUCAUUUCAUAAAAAACCCUCUUCAUCCAAAGCCUGGACAGAAACGUGCUGCAAAGAGUUAUAUGAUUUCUUGUUCAUGUUUUGCUAAUGCUCGUGUCUCCUUGAUUACAUAAUGUUAGUGGCACUGAGACCCCACGGUAUUGUAACUUAAUUAUAAACUGUGUCACCAUUCUCCUGUAAAAUAGCAGUGGACAGAGAGGCAGAGGGGCCGUUGGCUCCUGUGUCUGGUCCACACACAGGAGCUUGUAUUAGCCGUGAAUACAAAUGUACAUUUGCAUGCAUUUUAGGUUUGCCUUAAUUCUUACCUCAUUUGCAUCCUACCAAUCUGGAAAGAGCUGUUGAGUGAAUGCAGUGUAAAACUUAAAAGCCCUGCUAAAAUGACUCCUUAAUUAAAUCUAUCUAUCUAUA